GAGGUAGCUCGCCCAUGCUCUAAAUUCGAAUGUUGUUGUUUUGCUGAGUUAGACGAGGAGCCUUCGGCCUGAUUAACUUACCUCAAGUGAAGCUCUUUUAAGCCAACAUGUGCGACUGAAGGAAGGGGCUAAGGCCUUUCGUCAUCUUAAAGGCAUGAAUACAUCGCAGAAAGAGAAUGAGGAUGGUGAGAAGAGCAUCCAGCAACAGCUGUGGCAUCUGCGGCAUGAGGACCCUACCCAGUACCACACGCUGGUCAAGAUGCACCUUUCCUUUGCAACAGAUCUCCCCACAGACCAAUGUGAUGGGAAAGGAAGUGAGCCAUCAUCUGGUUGGUGGUGGCAGCUGGCACCUCUGAUCAAGAAGCUGGGUCGUGCUACCGUGUUAAGCAAAGGCGUGAUGGAGGGUGCACCCCUUACUCAAGAAGGGGUGUGCCAAGCCUUCCAACUAAUACACUACCUCAGUAGAGACUACAAUAUUACUCAGGAGGGUUUGUUCCGAAAGAGCGGAAGUCUGAGUCGUCAGCAGGAGCUGAAAGCUCAACUAAAUGCUGGGGGCGACCUCAACUUGGACUAUGGCACGUACUCGGCCCAUGACUGUGCCUCGGUCCUCAAGAGCUUCCUGGCUGAUCUGCCGCAACCACUCCUUACAGAGGGACAUUAUUCCAUCCAUUGUACUAUAGCUGAAAUGCUUCAGUCGCAUAUGGAUGAUGACAAGAAGGAACACGCUCAUGCUCGUCAAAUCAAGGCACUUCGUCUCUUAUUUUUAUUGCUGCCACCACAAAACUAUCAGCUGCUGCAUGACCUCCUCAUCCUUCUAUAUCGAGUGACACUCCACCAAAAGGAAAACCUGAUGUCUGCUAUUAAUCUGGGAACAAUGUUUGCUCCACAUAUUUUGUGUCCGAGAAAGAUGGCUCCUAAUGACCUACAGUACUUGUCAGGUACUCUAAGUACUGCUGUAGCCUUCAUGAUUGAGCAGGCCCCUCUGCUUUUCCAGGUUCCGCUCGAGUUGGAAUAUGACGUGCGGCAGUACUGGAGCAAUAAGAAAACAAUGCGAUAUCAGCUGUCAAAACGAUCGAUGAUGGAUGCUCCAGCUAAAACUAUUUUUACCUUCAUUGAUCGUGACCUUACAGCACAAGCCAAUGACAAAGAUGUUACAGAAAUAGCUCUUGCCGAACUUUAUGCAUAUGUUCAGUCACUGCCAGAGUCUGCAAAAAAACGUAAAUUAAUUAAACAAUUUAACUGUGGCACUGGUUUGGGAACCCCACAGGCCAAUCAGAGCUUCAUCAAGAAGCAAGAGGCUCGGGGCAAAAGGUUAGGAGACUCAAUCAAGAAACAUCUAUUCCACAAGACAGUGAAAUCUUCAAAGAGUAAAUCGCAGCCUUUUGCUUCUUCUGACAGCACCAAAGUUAAGCGUUCCAACAGUCAAGAUUUACUUAGUAGUCCUUCUGCCAGAUCCCCUGAGCUGCGUAUGUACCGUCGUAAUACUGAGCUUGGCACACGGAGUCGUUUAAAAGCAAAAUCUCUUGAUGAUUUAUCAUGUAGCGACGACCUUUCCUCGGACACCACCUCUUCUCCAUACUCGUCUUCCUUUAUUCACACAAUAUUUCACACAAAAUGCCAUUUCCGUCAGAAUGGAAAGCAUCCCUUCCCCAUUUCCCUGCCAUCACUUGGUAUUAAUGCAUGUCUUGGUUCAUCAUCGUCGGAUCAAGGCUCCUGUACUGAUCCUUUGUCCCCUCUGCCCCUCUUGUCUUUUUCCCCGGAUUCGAGUUGUGAUACUCUGGAAGCUCUCACAGAGGUCAACUCCAGUCAGUCCGUCCUCAGCACCAGAACGGAAAAAUUUCCCCAAUCUGCUUUCAACUUUGCCUCAACAGCACUGGAGGAAGUUAAAGAAAAUGCUCUCCCUUGGGAUAGCAUGUUGGCCUCUACUCCUGCUGGCUCCCAGCUGCAGGUGCACUCCCCCAUUUCUCAGGCUAUGAUAAGAGCCAGCAUACCUCAGAAGGUGAUAAUGACUCCACGUAGCCGUUGUCCAAUCAUCAUCAACUCUGCGUCCAAUUUAUCUCAAGUUGCCGAGGAAAGCUUGCACCUGCAUGCUUCCAGAAGCGUGAACAAAGAGGAGAGUGAUGAUGCAAGUAAUGUAGACAUGCACUGCUCCCCUGUUAUUGGUAACCCAACGGCCCAGCUCACAUCCCCACCAAAGUCUGUCCAGUCACCAGCUGACUCUACAAACCUCAAUUUGAUUUCUUCUGAUCAUGAUAAAAAUGAUACUGAUGAUGACUUGGAAAGGGAAACAAGCGAGAAGAAAUCCCAAAGCACUUCACAUGAUUGUAAGAAGGAAGAGAGAGAGAGUAAACUUAGCAGCAGAUGGGGCUCAACUUCCCUACGUCGAACACUAAGUUCAGCCAGCUCAACUAGCUCGCUCUUUGGUGGUUUUUUCCGCCAUUUGAGCACGUCUUCCCUGGCUCAGUUAGCUACAAGACUGACAUCAUCUUCUACACGUCAGCAUCCUGAGAUGGAUGAAAAUACAGAUAUUGAGAAUGGGUCAAUGUCGGAGGACGACGACGUUAUGAAUGAAUCGUUAACUAGUGUUUUCAAGGAAUAUCUUUUAAGUCGCAGCAUACUUACAGACAAUCCAGUUGAUUUAUCUUUACAUUUAGAAGAUGAGGAAACCAAAGAAGCUGAAAUGGAGAAAGGUACUUUUUUACUAGAUAAAAAUACUGAUGAACACAAUGAAGCUUACCAAUUUUGUGAUUCUGCAUAUGGGGACUCUCAGCCUCCAAGUAAAUGUGUGUCUCGGCAGUGCUCAAAGGCUUCUUUAAGAUCUCUAGACUCUGCUGUUGGUCUCUCUGACUCUCUCUUAUACUGCCUGAAUGGAAAUGAUCCAUUAUCUGCCUCUGGUUCAGUAGGAAGGAAUAGCUGCAAUAGUUCUCGAACCAGAAUACUUGAAGAAAAUUCAGAACCUCUAGCUCAGAAUUCAUUCUUACAAGAUAGAGCUGAGAACAAAAAUUUGUUAGAGCUCCAUUCGUGUUCACCAGACAGCCGAUGUCAGUCUCUUCUUAAAACCAAGCAAGGCACUCCAGUACCACAAAGAGACAAAGAACUUUCAGAGAGUGCAAACAGUGCUAAAGUGCUUUUUGAAACCUCUUUUUAAUAUUAAUGAUAACUUAAAAUAAUUUGUUUUUAUCCACUUGGAACAAAAAAUAUCAAUACUAGAUUUGAUUUUUUAAAUUCCACCCAAGACGGAUUUGACAAACCCAAGCACUGGCCUGGCCUGGUGAUAGUGUGGGGCCAAGCACUGACCUGGCCUGGUGACUGUGUGUGUGUGUUCUGCAGCAAAUAAUGCAUCACCAAAGCUGUCUGAGCAAAGGCACUCAUGCGUGCUGCUUGGGUUGAGCACUGCUUGGUGCAGUCUUGCAGCCUCUUUUGCUGUUUCAUACAUUUAUAUAUCUGUUAUGAUCUCUUGUUUCCUAUGGUAACUCCUUCUGGGAGUGUCCUCAGGUAGAAUACUUUGAAUUACUUCUACUUCCUUUUAAAUGUUAAAUGAAAUAUUUAAUAAGAAUUUACAUGUAUCAUUUUGAUGUCUUGAAAACAACAUAUGGAAAUACUUAAGGUCGCUUCAACAAAUGUACAAAUGUAAUAUUAAAAAAAAUUAUAGUAGUUCAGUACUGUAUGUGGAAAAAAGAUCUGAUACUAAGAAGCAGUUGCUUCGGCCUCUAUACUGUGUGUCAGUUUUCUAAAUUUCUAUUUUUAGUUUAGUCAGUGACAAGAUCCUUUUUGUUAUUGUGUGUGCUUGUUGAGGUAACCAUCAGCCUUCCCAUGUAUUGUAACGUUUCAGAUUAAGUUGGUUGCUUUAAUAAUAACAAUGUAUAUAAACAUAAGUGAAGCAAGCUUGUGUUUAUAUAGAUUGUUUGGACACAAGCCAACUGACACUACAGUACAGUGUAAUAUAAGCUUAAUAUACUAUACAGUGUUAACUUAUAAAGUAGUGUCUCGUGCACAACAAUGAAAUCUGCAGUGCCAAAAAUUAACAGAAUGGAGAAGCCAAAUGACAAUGACCUGUGUGUGGUUUAUCUUAAAUAUUGUCAACAAUGGUCACCUUAAUUUCUAAUUUAUUCUGUUAAUGAUGUUGACAAUGGUUCUUCAUGAGGUACCAUUUUAUGAAUAAUUCCAUUUAUCAUUUUAUCAUAGACACAGAUGAGAAGUUUAACAUUCAGACAAUGAUGAUAGCUGGGAAAAUUCACUGCUGGUCUUAAUCAGUUAAUAGAGGUGUGGUCUAAAGUUGACCCUUACUGUGAACUGUAUUGGGGUAUUACACAAUGUGUGUAUUAUUCUCUAACUUCAGGAAUAAUUGUACAGAAAGAGUGUUUUAGAUUUAUUGGAUCAUUACAUAACAUUUAUGGUGUUAGAACAGCAUAAAUAGGUACUUUAAGGAAUUGAUAAAUGCAAUAUUUUACUGUGUACAUAGGAAAGAUUUUUUUUACUUCUGAUUUAUUUAGAUUUAUUUAUAUAAUAAUUCCCAUAAGUGCAAAUAUAUUUUGUGGACGUGUACUGAAAGGCCUCUAUUAUGUUUGAAAAUUAUUCCCCUUGUUUCAUCGGCAGUGUGCUGCUCCUGCGGUCUCACUUGGACCAUAUUGUCACAUAUACUCUUCAUGUUUUUACACAUUGUCGAUGCUUAAUACAAUGUGAUGAACAUUGGUUUUUCUUUGUUACAAAAAAUUCUUCUUUGAGGCAAUACACUUUUUGGGGGUAAAUUGAUUUGUUAAUUAUUUUAUAGUGUGUAUAAAGCAGUGCAUGUAGUUUACCAAGUGCCUUAUCAGUAUUCAUUGCUAACAUGAAACUUCAUUUAUUCUCACGAAUUAUUAAUGUUGCAUUUAUCCCUAAAUCAUGUACAAUAUACAUGCAGUAAACUUUCUCUAGC